CGUGCGUGCGCAGAAGAAGAAAGUGCCGGUGUAAACAAAGCGAAGAAAGAGCGUCCAGCAGCGUGACAAAUAUCCGUGGAAUCGUGUUAAUAAUCGCAAUUUAUUUUCUAUUUUUUUACUAAAUAAAGUAUUAUACUAUGGCGUGUAGACCCGCGGGGAUGUCCGACGAUGGUUCAUCGGACGAGGAUUCCCAUUGGGAUAAUGCUAAGAACAAUAAGAAAAGUCGAUCUAACAAACGAUGGUCAGGACAGAAAAAUGGAACUGCUCAGAUUUCGCCUCAAAAUAACAAUAGCGGUUCACCUUCUGUCAAAUCAUUGCCUUUUCAUGAUGACCAGGCUCGUCAAGAAGAGCAGGAAUUACAAUUUCGAGUUUUAAGUGCCUGUAUGAGUGGAAAUUUGCAAGUUAUAAACGAUUAUGUCAAAGCUGGUUACAACGUCAACGAUUACCUUCAUACUGGAUGGACUUUACUGCUCUAUGGAGCUUCUUCUAUGCAACCAGAAGUCAUUGAAUUACUUAUAAAACUGGGUGCUAAUCCAAAUAAAAAUAAAGAUGGAUACUCACCCCUGAUGGUGUUAUGCGAUUCUGCGAAAGGCACUGAGGAACAAUGUUUGAAAUGCAUUUCCAUUCUCAUAGAAGCCAAGGCUAAUCCAAAUGCACACAACAAACUCAUGAAAACUGCUCUAAUGUUCGCCUGCAUUUCGAGAGAAAAAAUAAUUGUUGAAGAAUUAUUGAAACACGUGAACAAUAUUGAUGCCAUCGAUAGUGACAGAAGAACGGCUCUACAUUAUGCAGCCUUAGCAAACAAGCCGGAUAUCGUGGAGCUCCUCUUGAAAAACAAUGCCACGCGUACGAUAACAGAUCGUUCAGAUUUUACUGCAAAAGAUUUAGCACUCGCAAAAGGCUACGAUAAAAUUGUUGCUCUCUUGGAACUGAGUGAAGACUCCGGCGGUGAUUCUUAUUGCGAAGUAUUUGAACCAAAAACUUGGAACGAUAUGUUUUCCGACCAUAUCGGCGAUUCGAUCAAUCGCGAUGUAGCUGAAAUGCUCUACGGUAUGGGUCUGGAAUCAUACAAACCCUGCUUCAAGGGUAUGAGCUUGAAAACUUUUGUUAAAUUAACCGACGACGAUCUUCUGAAAUUGGGAAUCAACGUGGAUCUUCACAGAAAACAAUUCCUCGACAGUUUGCACAAAUUUCAUACGAAAGCUUGGAGCAUACAGAGCAUAGGCGCUAUCAAAAGACUUUUACCGUACACACUCUAUGACGGUGUAGCUCUGCUGGGAAACGCAGCAAGACAGAUCGGAGUGAUAGGUUCAAGUUUCGAAUUCAUAAGAAAUGGAAUCCGGAGAGAAAGUUCGAAAGAAGAAACUUUAACGGAUAUUCGAAAAGCUGCAUAUGCUGAAGAGCUGAAAAAAACGGAAAAAACGUUAUUUCUAUUGAAAAAAGAUUUACAUCAGGUGUUACAAUUGGCGAAAAAAAUAGAGACAGAGAACCGUGAUAUAGUGCCGGCGAAUUAUAUCGGGAAAAAAGAGAAAAAGCGUAAUUGGCCAAUUAUAAUUAGCGUCAUGCUAAUGACGGGAAUGUAUUUAUCAAAAACUUCAUACGUACAAAGAUUGUGGAACAAUUGAUAGCCGAAGAUUAAUGGGAGGAAUUUCAAGACCUUAAUUUACCCUGAUUUUUAUUCCACUGUGAUAAAAGCCUAAGAAAUAUUCUUUUCUACUUGCCAAUUUAAGAUUUAAGGCGAUUUCUAUGUAAGAUUCAUUUUGUUGACUGUGGAUAAACUCGACAUAUAAUACAGAUAAGAUAUAUUAUGUUACAAGGCAGCUUGGAAGGACCUGCUUUCUCAGUAUUUUUUUUUUAUUAAAGAAAAAAAAACAAUUUA